CCAAGCUGUUGUUUUUGUUACGCAUCAGUGGCUUUGAGAAACGAAACAAUAUCUUCCUAAUCAUGAGACUUUUCAACUUUCUACUCAAAGACGUGACGUCCAAAAUAGAGUACUACUCAAGGUUCUCGCCAUCACCGAUGUCCAUUAAGCAGUUUUUGGAUUUUGGCAGGGACAACGCAUGCGAGAAGACCUCUUACAUGUUCCUGAGGAAAGAGCUAGCAGUGCGGCUAGCCAACACCAUGAGGGAGGUUAAUCUGUUGCCUGGUAAUCUGCUCAGUCAGCCAUCUGUCAGACUGGUCCAGACCUGGUACAGCCAAAGCUUUGAGGAGCUCCUGGAGUUUGAGCAUCAGAGUCCAGAGGAUCCCCGUACCCUGAAUGAGUUUCUGGACAUCCUUAUCCGGAUUAGAAACAGGCACAACGAUGUUGUCCCCACUAUGGCACAGGGUGUCAUUGAGUACAAGGAGAAGUUUGGUUUUGACCCCUUUAUCAGCAGUAGUGUGCAGUACUUUCUGGAUCGUUUUUAUACCAACCGGAUCUCCUUUCGCAUGCUCAUCAACCAGCACACGCUCCUCUUCAGCGAUGCCACAAACCAUGCUCACCCCAAGCAUAUUGGCAGUAUUGACCCUUCCUGCAAUGUGGUUGAGGUGGUGACAGAUGCAUAUGAGACAGCUAAAAUGCUCUGUGAGAAGUAUUAUGCCAUGGCUCCUGAACUGAAGAUUGAGGAAUUCAACUACAAAAGUCCUGACAAGCCCAUCCAAGUGGUGUAUGUGCCUUCCCAUCUUUUCCACAUGCUCUUUGAGCUUUUCAAGAACUCAAUGCGGGCCACAGUGGAGCUCCAUGAACACAGUUUUGCAGGCCUGCCUCCUGUCAAAGCAUUAGUAACUCUGGGAAAAGAAGAUCUGUCUGUAAAGAUCAGUGACCAGGGCGGGGGUGUUCCCCUGAGGAAGAUGGAUCGUCUCUUUAAUUACAUGUAUUCAACUGCACCGGCUCCCAGUCUGGACUCCUCAGAUUCAUCCCCUCCUCUGGCUGGUUUUGGUUAUGGUCUGCCCAUUUCCAGGCUCUAUGCACGUUAUUUCCAGGGAGACCUGGUCCUGUACUCUUUGGAGGGAGUGGGAACUGAUGCCGUCAUCUACCUGAAGGCCCUGUCCAGCGAGUCUUUCGAGCGUCUUCCUGUCUUUAAUAAAUCGGCAUGGCGACACUACCAGGUUGGUCCAGAAGCGGAUGAUUGGAGCAAUCCCAGCAGCGACCCACGGGAUGCGUCCAAGUACAAAGCAAAUCGAUAA